CUUGAAGUUAGAACCCUCCUUCCCAUUUUUUCUUUUUUUUUUCUUCUCUUCCUCUGGACGAUCCCACGCAGAAUGGCAGGAAGAUGGAGGCGAAUUAAAAGAGCCGAUGUUGGCGCUCAUACUCCUCCACUACUCCCACUUACCACAUCUCGCCCUCGCCUUUCACAUACCAUUUCCUGCUGCUACUGCGAUUGCAAGAUCACCUCCUUCAACCAACCUAUUUUUCGUUUUGGACGAACACAUGCCAGGCUUCUGAGAGCGUGGUUCUCGACUGGGAUUGGUUUUUCUCUUGCCGCUCUUGCUGUUGCUACCACGGUCCUCUUUCUGGAACUUGCUAUAUUGAUGCAUAUUUUUGGCAAUAGCAAUGUGCCCCAUCAUCUUCCUAUUUCAUGUUCCUCAUUAUUUGGUCUUCCUCCAUUGCUACCGAGCAAUAGUUUCGCCCCAGUUGAUGCUGGAUACGUAAUUAUCUCUACCUUAAUAUCUGUAGCUUUUCAUGAAUUUGGUCAUGCGGCUGCUGCUGCAAGUGAGGGGAUGAAAUUGGAGUAUGUUGCUGUUUUUAUUGCACUCCUUUUUCCUGGCGCUUUGGUGGCUUUUAAUCACGAUGCACUGCAGGAUCUAUCAUGCUUCAGUGCUCUUCGUAUCUACUGUGCUGGUAUUUGGCACAAUGCAGUUCUUUCUGCAGCUUCUGGCUUGAUAUUAUUCUUCCUGCCGCUGCUUUUGUUUCCUCUUUACAUACAUGGCGAAAGUCCCACGGUUUCGGAUGUUCCUCUUACUUCACCAUUAUCUGGUUAUUUGUCCCGUGGUCAUGUCAUCUUGUCAUUAGAUGGCAUGCAUGUUCAUGGUGUGGAUGAUUGGAUCAAUCUAUCAGCUCAAAUAAGUGAAUUAAGAUUUAAAAAUGGAACCCUUUCCACGCAUGGUGAAAAGAAUCGAAUUGGCAAUGGCAGAAAGGGAUACUGUGUUCCAAAUUUUAUGUUGAAGGAAAACAAUAAAGAUCAGUUCACACAUGAUCAAUCAACUUGUUUCGGGGACCUUGUCUCUUUUACAACUAUUUCUUGUGUUAGUUCUACUGUUUUAAUUGAUGGUGAUGUGGAAGAUAGCCGUUCCAACAGCAAAGAGGAGACGUAUUGCUUGAAUGUCAAUGAUGUUAUUAAGCUUAAUAAAUGCACUAAUGGAUGGGAUAAAGCCAUAAUUAAUGAUAGCACCUGUGUAUGUUCUCAGGGCGAAACUUGCCUAAGUCCAGUUCAAGAGCCAGGUUCGAUAUGGGUUGAGAUUACAUAUUUGAAUUCCUCUGACUGUUUCUAUUCUGGAGAAUAUCUACUCCCAAGUUCUAAUUGUAGUGGAACUUUCAUUUUUGUUGGUGAUGUGAUUUCAAUGGCGCGCUCAAUUCAAUUGACCAUGUACCAACCAAGAUUGAAUGUCCCUUUUGCCACCUAUCUUCCGGAUGUACUGGAAAGGUUUUUAUUGUGCUUAUUUCAUGCAUCUCUUGCACUAGCUCUUCUCAACAGUUUGCCAGUAUAUUAUUUGGAUGGUGAAUCUAUUCUGGAGAUAAUUAUUUUCCAGCUCACCUCAAUGAGCCCGAGGAACAAGGAAAAAGUUCUCCAAUCUUUUCUAAUGGGAGGAACAUUCAUCUCAAUCUUGUUACUGUUGGGGAUUUUCUUCCAUUUAUUUGUCAGCUAAUGGUAGUCUGCAACAGAGGUUUUGGUUUCUUUUGAGCAUAAUAACCAAAGCAACUGCAGUAUUGUAUUCUGAAGUUGGGGGUGCUGGAAAAGCUGGUAACAACAUUGGAGGUUCCAUUGCUUCGGGUGGUUCGUUUACAGUGCAGCAGAAGGCUUUAACAAGCUCCGCGGAAUUGCAGCAGCAGCUUCAGUAUGUCAUAAGAAAGUACUUUCAAGUUAUGAGUACAUAGAACGAGGGAGCAGGCAAAAGCUACUYGGAWCCAUCUUCAAUCACAAGGAUUAAGUUGUGGGCAAAAGAACAUGAAAAAAAAAAAAGGAUGAACAAUGAGUGAAUGCGGAAGACGCCAAAAUACUAGUAAACUUCAAUUGAACGAAUUUUUUUCAUUUAGAAGAGUUAGAUUUCUUAAUAUUUAUAAUUACUGUAAACUUGGUUUAUUGUUUGUUUGUGUGUAGUGUUUAAAAUUUUUAGGAGAUUUAGAGUUAUUUGUAGUUUGUGAUGUUUCAAUCCAUAUUGUAGCCCGUCGAAUUUGGUCUGUAAUUAUGUGYAUUGAAGAAGCAUAGUUUAAGAGUAUUGUUAAAAGUUUAGGAGAGUUGAAUGACAUGUAUGAGGAUUGGUUGGGCUAGGCUUUCACAA